UUGCAAAGCUGCAGGAGAGAGAGCGCUGCAAACGUACAUCCCGCAGCCCGAGACAGAGAGAACUCUGUUGCCACUUAUUCCGCGGAGGAAUGAGCUGAAAGAAACUAAUGCCUUCUCUGUGUUUCCCCUGGAUUACAUCUACGGAUUUUACGCAUCUGGAAGUGGCUGUUUUGUGCGUGAAAACAAACGUUACAGGUCCAUGACGGAAAGGCGGAACCAGCGCGUUCAUGUCUUUUAAUUACAUUUUGUGCUGCGGAGGUUUCUGGCUGUUUUAAGCCGUUCGUUGAGCGCCGUAGGCAGAAACGAGCACUGUUACGACGGGGAGACGCGCCGCGGUGAUCGGAGUCAAAGGGAGCUGUGGAGACUGGAAACAUGAGAUUGAUUGUCAUCUCUGCGGUUCUGCUGUUGAAAGUUACUCUUGGAAAGGGUUGUGCUAGUGGGAAGUACACCGAGUCGGGACAUUGUUGCAAUUUGUGUCCAGCUGGUUAUGGAUUGGAGGAAACGUGUGGAAAGGAAAAUACCAAAUGUCUACCAUGUCUGCCAGGAACAUUUUCACCAUCCGAAGGCCUCGACUCUUGCCUUCCAUGUAGCACCUGUCCGUCUGGUGUGCCCAUGCUGGCGUCCUGUUCGGCAACCCAGGACACGCAAUGCGAGUGUGACGUUGGCUUCUACUUUCUGAGAGGCUUUGGUCUAUGCGCACCCUGUUCCAGGUGCAGGCCAGGUCACGGGGUUGUCCGGGAGUGCAGGCCUCAAGGAGACACGCUUUGCCAGAAGUGUGGCCCGGGAACCUUCUCAGAGGAGGAUUUCAACAUCAAACCCUGCCAGGCUUGCAGUCAGUGCUCUGAUGAAGAAGUGGAGAUCCAAUCCUGUAUGCACAACUUUGACACACUCUGCAUGGAUAAGAAGCUGCACAUUGGCCCUGCUGGUGCCGAUGGGGCCUUGAAUAUUCCUAAUGGGGCGGUGAUGGAGGAAAAUGAGGAGGAAGACGGCAGCCCCGCACCAGGACCGUCCAAGUUUACACCGCAGGAUGAGGGUGGCAGCAACAACAUUCUCGUCUACGUGUCUGUUCUGGCUGCUGUGGUGCUGGGCUUGUUGGUUUAUGUGGCUUAUAAAUGUUGGAGGUCGUGCAAACAGAAGAAGGCCCUCUCCAAGGCACGUGUGGCAGAGCUGGCAGCAUCUCCAGAAGGAGAAAAGCUCCAAAGUGACAGCGGUGUUUUUCUGGACUCUUACAGCCUGCAGGACAACCAGCCCAGUAAAGGUACCAAGAGAGACAGCAAACUCGACAACCGUCUGUACGUCAACUUGCCGCCGCACAAACAGGAGGAGGUGGAGCGCCUCCUGCAAGAGGCAAGCGGCCGUGGAUGGAGGCACCUUGGUGCAGCGCUGGGCUACGAACCGGAACAGCUGGACCUGUUCGGACGCGGCGAGGCCCCGGCACACACGCUCCUGUCUAACUGGGCCCAGAGAGAGGGCUCCGCUCUGGGACUGCUGAGCUCGGCACUGAACCGCAUCGAGAGACCCGAUGUGGUGACCGCCCUUAACAGCACACAGCAGGGUGUUUCUGUGGUGUGACCAACUGGCCGGACCCUCUAGCGACAAUCACAGACUCAAGUGAGGGAUAAGCGAGGCGCUCAGCUUUCAGCUCUUCUUUAUGGUUGAAGGAAUCAUUCUUAAAUUACUUUGUUUAUAGACCUUUUUUUCACUAAAAUACCACCAAUACUCUAAAAAUGUAUUACUUGUGGCUUAUUUGAACUGUUUGAAAGAUUAUGAUGCCGUAUGGUAACCGAUUUGUCUGUCUGGCAGUGCAGGGAUUAUUGGACUAAAUAUACAGAGCUGUAAAAAGUAUUUCCCGUGGAAGAUUUCUAGUGGGUUUUUUGUUGUUGUUUUUUACAUCACAUUUACAUGUUUCGGAUCACAAAGAAAAUGUUUAUAUCAGAGAAUGGCAACCUAAGGAACUACAAGAAGCCCUUUUAAAAAGAUGACUUUGUUAAUUAAGAGGAAAUAUUUUAAUCUCACCUGACCCUUUGUGAAAAUGUAAUUGACACCAUAAAUUUAUGUCAGUUUGUGCUAUCUUGCCUGCAACAACCUCAAGUAGUAUAUGCUGCAGCUUGAAGUUCUUUUUUUUUUUUUUGCAUCAAUGUGGAGGAUUGUUUUGAUUCUUUUGCAGAAUUCAGCUACACUGGAAUGUGUCUGAGCACAAGUAGCCUGUUUAAGGUCAAGCAGGUUUUUCGCCAUUCCAACACCUUUUGUUCAUAAGUGGGGCCACUUAUUGGCUCUAUUCAUUUCUGCAAGUUGUCUGGGGCAAAGUAGGCCCAGACUAUCACACUAUCACCUCCAUGUCUGACUAAUGUCUGUCAGAAAUGCUGAGUUAGUUUACACCAGAAGUAGCAGUAUACACAACUUGCAAAAAUGCCCAUUUUUUUCUCAUAUGACCACAGAAUAUUUUUCCAUUUGGUGCUGAAACUCUUCCAUUGAGGUUAGAAAGUGAAGCCUGAAGUGCUUGAGAAACUGUUUAGACGUUUUCAGUUGGAUGAGUCACAGAUGUUUUCUCUGAAGAGUUAUGGCCAGUCAGCCACUCCUGUGAAGGUUCAUUACUGUUCAGUUUGGUUCACUCACUGGAGUUUCAACGCCUUAAAACGACUUUAUGGUUUUAAAUGGUAAAUGGUUUUACAACUGAAAUAUGUCGCGCAAUAUGUUCCUCAUCUAUUCUUAAAUGUUCUUUCAAUCAACGGUUUGUGUGUUUGUUUGUUUUUUUUAUAUUUUGGCGUACUUCAUGUUGUCAGGUACCUUUUUAGUAAUUUCUUGAUUCUACAGGUCUAUCAGAAAUCAGACCUUCAUGUUUCUACUGAAAUUGACCCAAAAAUGUUCCGAGUCAUACUUAAUUCAAUUGGGAAAUCAUACAUUUUCAUAGAGCCAUGUUGUGUCAGAUAGAUUUGUUCCCAUUAAUAGCUGCUUCCACCCACAGCGCAGAGUGAAAAGAAUUCAAUCCUUUCAUACUUAAGAACAAUGUCACCUCUAAACUUUAUACGUUAAGAACAAAACCAUUAAGAAUAGACACACAAAUACUGUAAAUAUUCAGUUCACAAGCAAAAUGAUGUGCAGUAUGUAGUAUUAUGAGCAGAAAUUUGUAUUUUUGAACAAAAAUCAAAUCUCACCUUUUACAUAAAAAGGAAAAUUUCUAUGUAAAGUUGUUUAUAUUGAACUCCGUAUCUCAACAUGUUUCUUCUUUGAAUACUUUUUUUUAAAAUAAAGUACAUUUUAAAU